AUGGUGACUGAGAUUACUGUUGCAGACAUUGAAGAAGUUGCAAUUAGCAACAAUACCACCAAUAUUAAUAUUGGAGCAAGGGGUUUGCCUUUCUUGUCCUUAAACCAUGUCUCUUUUGUCUGCAAAUCAGUCAACAAAUCUGUUGAGUUCUAUGAACAAGUUCUAGGAUUUGUGCUCAUCAAAAGGCCCUCUUCCUUUGACUUUGAAGGGGCUUGUGUGAAGGAGAAAAAAGGCAAAAUAAAUCCAAAAGACAAUCACAUCUCAUUCCAGUGCUCAGACAUGGACCUAAUAGUUCACCAACUGGAAAACAUGAAAGUAGAAUACAUAACAGCAGUGGUAAAAGAAGGUGGCAUAAUUGUGGAUCAGAUUUUCUUCCAUGACCCUGAUGGCUACAUGAUUGAGAUUUGCAAUUGCCAAAACUUGCCUGUCCUACCAAUCUCAUCCUGCUCACUCACGAACAAUAUGUCGAAUCACAAAAUUAACCUCACAUCUGCAUCUGCCUACGGAAGGAUGAAAUGCAGUGGAGAAGUAGAAGCUUUGAUGAUUGAGAACUUAGCUCUGGACAUGAUAAACAUUUCCAUUUGA